GUAUCCAAUCGCUUCCCUUUUCGAAUUCAGUAUCAUUUCGUACCGUUCGGCGUUCAGUCAUGUGCCGCAUGAGGCCAUCCGAUUUUACGCGUGUGAAAAUGUUCUGAGGUCCUUAUCCAAGGUGUGAUUCAUUAAAUAAUUUGUUGAAAUCGUACGGUUGUCGUCUGCGUAUCCGUGUUUUUUGUUCAGUUAUGUUUUAUAGUUUUGAUUCAAGUUGAUCAGUUCGGAUUCUCACCAGUUUGAUAACUUCCCGUUGUUUUUUAAAAUAUUUUUUUAAACCUUUUCGUUUUAUUUAAUUACAUGAUAAUUUGUAUUCAGUUCUCUUUUGUUUUAUCCUAAAUUGUUCCGAUUUUUAUUUUCGAGUUUAAUUUGACCUGGAUAAAAUUUGUUUUUGGAGCUUUUUGGUUUUCAUCACCUCUCGUUGGAUUUAUUUUACGUUUCAAUUUUAUGAAGGAGAAGCAGACAUUUUUCCGAAGCAGUUUGACUCGGUGAAGAUGCACUGGCAUAUCUGCGAAGCGUGAAGUCUGUAGUGAAGUCGAACUUAGCCGGAGUGCAAUGAACGAUUUCGGUGACAUCGCGCGCGUACGGGCCAGCGAUGUGUCGGCGUAAUUGAGCCGGAGCACCUGUGCAAGAAUAAGCCGACGGGCUACCAGUGACCAGUGACGUCGGAAAAUGUGAUAUGAGCCGUUGUCUCUUAGUUUCCCCCUUUUAAGUGGCCUUUAUGUUUCGGGUUUCGGAUGCGGUGUUGUUAAAGUGAGCCUUUGAAGGAGGAUCGGGGGCUCUAAAUGGACUCGAAACUGGGGACCCAUCAUGAGCUGAUGGACUUUCAGACGAUGCAGUCUAUGGACUGGCUCUUCAAGAAGGAACGCAUCUAUCUCCUCGCUCAAUUUUGGCAACAGCGCGCCACUUUGGCGGAGAAGGAGGUUAGCUCGUUAAAAGAGCAACUUUCCUCCCAUCACCCCCUAAACCAUCACGAUAAAAUGGCCGGAUCGCCGACGUCGCAAGAUGACGUCAAUCGUUCCGGCGCCGAAGAGCUCUCGGCCAAAGAUAAAGAGAUCUGCGUGCUGACAGAAAAGAUCCACGAGUUGGAAGCGAGGCUGAACGAGCAGCGAGAGACGAUCGCUAGGCGGGAGGAAGAGCUGGAACACAAGACGCAACAGAUCUGCAGGCUCGAGUCCAGGCAGCGCGACUAUGACGAUCUCAAGCGACAAAUCAGCAGUAGCAGCCUCCGAACACCAGAGCCGCAUCAAGGCAUCGAACCCUUAGUCCAAAAAUCUUUAGAGUCAAUUUUAGAUAAAAGUAAAUGUGAAUCAAAUUCAACAAAUAAACGGCCAACGUGCAGUACCCCCACCGAUUUAUCAGAUAAAUGCAGAGGAACCAACUCGGAAUCGGAGUCGGACCGAGAGGACCGGGACCGAAGCUCGACGCGGACCCAGCGGUCGGGGACGCGGUCGCCGGCGGACCCACCGACGCCCAAAUCGCCGACCCCGACGCCCACGCUGACGCCCACCCCGACGCCGACGCCCACGCACACGCCGACGCCGGCGCCCGCGACCCCCGGCCCGGAGCGGGAGCGGGAGAGGGAGUUGGCCAAGGACGCCCUGGCCUCGGCCCUCGUCGCCGUCACCACCGCCACCACGACGACCCCGACGCCGACGCCGGCCUCCGAGAUGUACUACAACACCCACCUCAACAACAACACCCUCGCCGCCAACAACAACAACUUCAUCAACGGCCUCUGCGGCCUCAACAACAACCUCGAUCUUAUUACCAAAGGCCCGUUCAGGUUCGACGACCACCGGUCGCCCUACGACCCCUCGGGUAUAGUCAGGUUCGGCGAGUCGUUGAUUCCGAAGGGGGACCCGAUGGAGGCCCGGCUCCAGGAGAUGCUGCGCUACAACAUGGACAAGUACUCCUCGCAGAACCUGGACACGCUCCACAUCGCCCGGCGGGUCCGGGAGCUCCUCUCCAUCCACAACGUCGGCCAGCGGCUCUUCGCCAAGUACGUCCUGGGCCUCUCGCAGGGCACCGUCUCCGAGCUCCUCUCCAAGCCCAAGCCCUGGGACAAGCUCACCGAGAAAGGCCGCGACAGCUACCGCAAGAUGCACGCCUGGGCCUGCGACGAGAACGCCGUCCUGCUCCUCAAGUCCCUCAUCCCGAAAAAAGGUAAAGAUGGUGGUAUUACGGGUGUAUUUGGACGAGGCGAAGCGGAUAUGACCGAGGAAAGAAUAGCACAUAUCCUGAACGAAGCAAGUCAAAUGAUGAAGCCAGGACUAGGGAUGGCCGCAGAUCAGGAUAGCCGUCAUAGCGAUGACAGCAGAUCACCUAGCCAUGGACAGUGCCCAUCUCCUCAAGGAAGACGAAUGAAGAAGUAUGAGAAUGAUGACAUUUCUCAAGAACAGGUGGUUAGGAUUUAUCAAGAAGAACUCACUAAACUCAUGGGAAGGCGUCUGGAUGAGAAUAUGAGAGGAGAUCAACCUUUUCCAGGAAUCUUGUUCCCUCCUUUCUUCGGCGGUGCAACGAAUCCGGACGAUAUUCGUCUAGCAAUGGAAGCAUAUCACAGAGAAUUGUCAAAACUGAAUGCGGGACAAGUGCCUUCUGUCCCCCCACCGAACCUAUCGAACCUCAUCGCCAUGCAGCAACAAGCAGCCGUGGUCCUGAAUCAAAGUAAUCCCAACGGUUUUGUUCAGGACUUAUCCUUACCAAAGAUGGAACGCAAACAGUCCUCGUUGGAUAGCGAGAAACAGCGGUUACUCAAUGGUGAUAUCGAGGAUAAGAAGGAGCAAAUGAUGCCGAAUGCUCCACCUGGAAUGCCAGAAUCAGUUGCAGAGGCGUUGAAGCAUGCUGGGAGUGCUUUCUCAUUGGUUCACCCCAAGCCUGAACCCGUAACCCGGAGUCACACACCUGCAGGGAGCUCAACAAGUUCACCUUUGGGCAAUUCAAUUCUCCCUCCAGAAGACUUUUCGCCUGGUGCGGCAGUAAGUCCACUUCAACGUAUGGCAUCCAUCACCAACGCCCUCAUUUCUCAACCACCCACACCUCAUCAUCAUUCUCCUGCUCAGCGUCCUUUGAAGGCUGUUCUCCCACCCAUAACGCAGCAACAGUUUGACCAGUUCAACAAUCUAAACACAGAAGACAUUGUUCGGAAGGUUAAAGAACAACUUAGUCAGUUCUCGAUCUCACAAAGACUUUUCGGCGAAUCAGUUCUUGGCUUGUCACAAGGCAGUGUCAGUGAUCUUCUAGCAAGACCAAAGCCAUGGCACAUGUUGACGCAAAAAGGGCGAGAGCCAUUCAUUAGAAUGAAAAUGUUCCUAGAGGAUGAAAAUGCAGUACAUAAAUUAGUAGCAUCACAGUAUAAAAUUGCCCCUGAGAAGCUAAUGCGCACUGGUGGAUAUGGUGGAGCAACUCCAAUGGGGCAAGCUAUCGGAAAACCUCUUCCUCCAACUAAUUGUGCAAAGAUUCCAACUUCACAAGCAUUAGUUGUUUCUGAGCAGCACAAGAUAGAACGGGAACUACCCUCUGAUCAUCGCCCAGAUCGGGACCGUCUCACCCCUCACCAUUUUGUCCCAGAUCUGCGUGAUUUGCGUACAUCUGUGCCAACACCUCUGUCUGCCCUUCCACCUCCACUCUAUUCAUCGCAUGCACAACAAGAGCAGAUCAAAAAGUGCCACUCAGCCAUUCAGCAGCAAUGCAAUGCACUUCAGCAGCAGCACAUGAACUCAGCACUACGAAAUCUUAGCCAACAUGUCACCCCAUCAGUAUAUGAAAUGGCUGCCCUUACACAGGACCUUGAUACACAAACUAUCACAACUAAGAUCAAGGAAGCACUUCUGGCAAACAACAUUGGCCAAAAGAUAUUUGGAGAGGCAGUUUUGGGUCUUUCUCAAGGAUCUGUAAGUGAGCUGUUAUCAAAACCGAAACCUUGGCACAUGCUGAGUAUUAAGGGUCGUGAACCAUUCAUCCGCAUGCAGCUGUGGUUAGCAGAUGCUCACAAUAUUGACCGUUUGCAGGCCAUUAAGACUGAGCGUCGAGAAUUGAAUAAACGGAGACGCAGCCUUGGUGGUCACCAAGACAAUAGCUCAGAUACAUCGUCCAAUGACACAUCUGAGUUUUACCAUAGUGGUGCUUGUAGUCCUCCAUCAGCUAAGAAGCAGCGUGUCCUCUUCUCAGAAGAACAGAAGGAAGCCCUCAAACUUGCCUACACCCUAGAUCCAUACCCAAGUUUAUCUACAAUAGAAUUCUUAGCCAGUGAAUUACAAUUAACCUCUAGAACUAUAUCCAAUUGGUUCCACAACCAUCGUAUGCGACUGAAACAACAGUCACCACAGUCAGAGCUGAAUCAAAAUCGAGAAAAUCAAACAGGCAGUAGCAGCGGGUUUGACCCUGUACAGUUUAGGAUACUGUUAAGUCAGCGCCUAGGUCUAUCAAAUAUACCUAUCCCAUUUCCAACGCACUAUUUCCCACCAAAUCCUGAGCUGGCUGCUUUGAUGCAGCGAUCCAUGUUACCCCUAAAUGAGCAAGUCUCUGGGUUAGAUUUAAGUAUCAAACACGAACACGAUCAUGACCGCUCAGACGAUGAGGAAAGUCGCUAUUCCGAGCAUAGUGAUGCAGAAUCGGAAGCUGAAUUACCACAGGACCGACUGCCAGAAGCACGAAGUUCUUCUCGGAGGAAGCCGGUCGCACCACAAUGGGUAAACCCCGAUUGGCAAGAAGAGUCGGAGGUAAUUAUAAAUGGGGUCUGUGUGAUGCAGACAGACUACAACGAGCAUCGGGAUAGCGAAACUGUCCGAGUAGAGCCAACUCCUGUUAAAGAGGAGGAUGGUGUCGAACCGCAGGAAACAGCUGACGAAGAGGAAGCCUCAAAUCAAGACCCGGAGGACGACAAAAGCCCGAGUCCAAGUGAUUUGCUGUCCGAGACCAACAACUUAAAAAGCGAAACAGAAUGUACCAAAGAAUCAAAUAAAGAGGUUGUGAUUAAAAGAGAAGAUGACAACUAUAAUGGUAGUGAAUUUUAAUUAGAUUAAUUUAUGUGAGAAGUUGAAUUGAUGAUUUCAAGAGCAACGAAUUCAUUUUUGGAGAGAUUGCAUGAGUAAACCUCCCGAAUUACUCAGUAGUAGCAAAAUUGCAGUCCAUGAUUCUCUUCUUUAAGCGCAUGUUACAAUCCUACUUGCUUUCUUACAAGAAGAAAAAGUUGCAUAAAUUUAAAUCAAAUUAGACUGUUCAAGUAUAUUCGAUUGCUUUUGAAAUCAACAGUUCAAUCGUUUAGCUGGCAUAAUGUCAGUUUCUCUCGCACGAUUCUCUUCAAAAGACUGCUUAGGUGUUACUUAUUACUUAAACGGGUUUGCUAUCAUUCGGCUAAAAUGCUUUGUUUAAUUUCCUUCAGACGAAGAUUCAACUUUCAUUGUGAGGUCUCAUAUGGAAUGCUUUUGAGGUAAAAUAGAAAAAUGUACCCAUGAGAAAUAACGAUAGAGGGUAUAUAGUGGGGAGACUGUGGAAAUUUUAAACCGAGUCCCGCAUAUGAUUCAUGAAAAAAUAAUGUAUGCUCUAUAUUUGUCUUUUGCUCAUCAUUUCUAUCCCUUUAUGUAUUGUUUCUUUUCUGUUCAAGAAACUUUAUGACUAUAACCAUGACCAAGGACUAUCAUUCAGUUCCUUCAUUAUCGCUGCAUUUUGAGAUACCUUGUUGGUCUCUUGGUUUUUAUGUGAUAUUUUAUUUAAGAGGAGCCAGCCAUCCAGAUCAAAUCCUGUGCCUCCUUUAAGGAGGAAUGGUUAAAGUGCACCAUGAAAAACUUUCUGCUCACUAUGAGGUGUCAUGAAGACAUCUAUCUAAAAGAAGAGUCAGUCUGAUUUAAUGAUAGUGACGAAGUUUUGAAAGCACUUAGAGGUGUGUUCUUGCACUUCUUUUGAUCUCACGUUUUGAUUUACAAUCAAAACACAAAGUUAGGCACUACCUUUAAAUUUAUGUUUAGGUAACAUUCGUGUCUCCUUUGAUGGUAGAUUUUUCUUAGAAUGUCAUUUUGCUCUCAGACUGUUGGACAGCCAAUUUGAAAAGAAAAAGAAAAAAAAGAUUCCUUCCAGAGACAUUAUAAUGCUCUUAUGUUUGUUUUGUUUGGUCUGUCAAAUGAUUUGUCUUGUAUAAUUUUUUAUCAGUAAGUUAGUGUAUAAAAUCAAAACUUAUAAUGCAUAUCAUUCUUAAUUUCGACGUGAGGAGUUAUUUUGUGAAGGAGACGGUACACAAUCAAAGGAGAGAUCUCUAUAGUAGUGCCAAGCAUUUGUACAGUCUUAUUUUGCUGGUCCUAAUUUAGAAAGUCAAAAGUUAUAGGAUGGAUUAUUAAGCUCUGAUAUUCUACAGAGCCCCCUCUAGCUGAAAAGAAAAUCUGAACCAUGAGUAUUCACUCACCAAUUUUAAUGUUUACAAUGCUUUAUAAUGUUUCUAUCUUGCUGUAUUUCUUUUGUUUUUGAAGAUUUUAGUCCAUACCUAGUAGGUAGGCACUAUCAUUUCAUCUUCAGGGGGAUGACAGCAAAGUACCUACAUAUCAUCGUCAUACCUUGCUUGAAGUUUUGCUGUUUCAUAAAAAAAAAUGAAUACUUACAUAAUGCUCAGUCCAAGAAGUAAACAUUUCAGUCCUGAAACUUAUGAAUAAUUAGGUUUAAAUGAUGGAUACCAGCCUGCAUUCCUGAAGUUAAGGCUUAGCCUCUCAAUUUACCUAAAGUUUAAAUUUUUUUUUAUUGGAAGUGUUGAACCCGUUUCCCAGAAAUAUGCAAGAACAAAAUAAGUUUUGUCAAUAAGUAAGCACAUACAAUACUGAGUAAAAUACUUCGGUAUGUCUACUAUUCUUUGUGAAGUCUGAUGGCCUCUUCAAGCAUUGAGUAGAUUUUCAUAACGCAUCAAUGUGAACAAGACUGGCAGAGCCUGGAAGGUCUUGAAGUAUCUUUUAGGGUGAAUGCUAGAAAUUCAAUUGCCUAUGACCUAAGGCUUUAGAAAGCUGCAGCUCACCGUAACAUGUGGCAUGCUGAAGGGUUUCUCUUUAUGUCUAUUAAAAUUGGUGAGGUAUACAUUUAGGUAGCUUUAAAUUUUGUAAUUUCAAAUAAUAAGAAUGUCUAUAUUCUGUAAGUAUGUACAGUAAAAUAAACAAAAAUUUCGAAGUGUAUCCAGUGGUUCAAGGAUGUGACGUAUGUAAAUGUUAUGUACCUAUACAAAACAUAGAUGCAUUUAUCAAUUUUUUCUUUCCUUUGUUAGGUAAUUGCUGAAUCUUGAUCAAACUUAUGAAUUUAUCUCGGUGAGCCGAAUACGUUUUAGUUCUAGGAUUCUAAGUUUAUGCCAAAUUGUACAUAAAUUAGUUAUGAUUUUCAUACCAAAAGAUUGCCAAACAUAAUCUAAGCUUAAAAUUGUAAAACUGCUCGGCUUUGCGGUGGUUUUAAAAUUUUGAAGACUCUUGUCUAUAAAACGCAUGUAUACUCAUGUUAAUGUAUUUAUUGUUUCAUUUUCACUAUCUUAUGAAAUGUCUUGUGAAGUGUUAUUCCGCUGAUCCUAAUCUUUUUAAUUAUCACUCCGUGAUUGAAGCCUAGUAUAUUUUUUAUUCAUCCCUGUACUGUUCUAGUGAAUUAACUUAUAGAUAAUUUUUAUCGUGAUGGUAUAUUCAGAGUGUAAAUUUGUAGGGCCUGUCAUUUGUACAUAAAUAUGUAAAAACCUUUUUCAUAUCUAUAAUUUGUAUACUCCAGUUAUUUGUAGAUUCAUUUUUAGCCUUUUACUUAAGUAAUUUCGACCCUUAAAUAUUAGGUAUCAAGAACUGCUAGUACCAGUGAGUCUAUCAUUUUAACAUUCUCUGUGAUCUAUACCCUGUUAUCCUAUUUCUUUCAUUUUAUUAUUCUUUUUUUUCUCUUUUUUUUCCUUUGAGUGUUAUUAUUUUGUUUAGUUCUCUCAAUUUUUUUUAACUUUUCUGAAGUUCUCAUUAAAGUAAAUCCACCUUACCAUGGGUGAUAUUAACCACCUCUCCAAAUUUUAUGCAGAAAAUGUAGGCAAAAAACAGAAAAAACAAAUUUCCAAGUAAAAUAAUCUGAAAUUUCUGUUUACUUGGCCGAAUGGAAACAAAAUCUAUCGUGUUUCAGUAUAAGAUCAAAUGUCAUAAAACCAUUCAUAAUGCCUUUAAAUUGAAGACUUAAAGUUUAGAGGUACUUUUAUUUUAAAAGGAAAUCGUGUUCUAAAUCACUUACAAUGCAUGCUGCAAAUUUCUGAUUUCUUUUUCUUUCUUUGCACUGCCACAACAAAGAGAGGAAAGAGUAGAAAAGGCGGAUAAGAGAGGCGGAAUUGAAAAAGUGCAAUCAUAUGUUAUUAAAUUUGUACAUUGUCUUUAGAGUAUUUUGUAAAAAUAAAAAAUAAAAACAAAAAAUCCCCCAAAAAAAGAAAAAAAUGAAGAGAAAAGACAUAAAUAUAGAAAUUAUUAAAGGUAACUAUCAUUUAGAUUUUAUUUGUUGUUUGUGUAAAUUCCUAUCUAGUUAGAAUAAAUAUUUUUAAUUUCUUCUCUUAUCAUUUACUAGGUAUUAUUUUUUAAUGUAUUUGUUUUUUUCUAUUUUUUAGAGAUUUUCCUCUUUUAAUUUAUUGAUUUUACAAUAUUUUUUCUUCUUUUAUUGGAUGUUUCACAUUUGUUGAUUUGAAGUAUUAAGUUUUUCCUGCUGAAAAGGUUUUGGAAAAAGUCAAGAUCAUGGUCAACUAAAGCCCAGAGGAGAUAAACAUUUAUCGCAAUAGUGAGGUUUUAAGGCUAAUAAUUACGCCUUUCUGGUUGAAAUUAGUAUCUACUUUUGAAAAAGUGAACAUUCAAACUUUCAAAAAAUCACAUGAUGAUGGAAAAGAAAAUUGAUUAAUCAAUGUCGACCAUGUCUUGAUAAGCCUUUAGGCUACAUGCAGAUUUUUAAAAGUAUGUAACUAACUUAAAUUAGGGUGGAAUAUUCCUCCUUAGUACCUAAAUAAAAUAUCGGAUUUUAUAUGGAUCUCUUUUUAAAAGAUAAGUUCCUAAAUGCAACCAGACCAUUUCACCUCGUACUCGAACUGCAACCCAUGGUAUCUUUCCGUUUCAUGUGGAACACACUCAUAGGGAAAAUAUGAACAUCUCACUCCGCCACAUUUUUCUUGGAGACUUAGGGACGUGAAACUCGUAAUAACAUGCUGAAAGAAAUAGGAGUGAGAUCGCUAAACUUCCUUUGAAGUCUUUUUUAAGAGGGAGCACCUACUUAUUUACAAGAGGAAAAAAAAGGAAAAAGGGAAGGAAAUUAAAAAAUGGUUAUCAAGAUAAAUUACUUCGCUUGACGAUGUUCUUUGAGAAAUGAUGUAACUCAAAGAUGCGAAUGACCAUUAAAGAGACAAUUUGUAAAAGUUCCGACUGCAGUUACUUAUUACUCGCAAGCUACUUGUCUGCAGCAUUUGCCAUCUUUAGGUUGUGGAAGUCUAAGACAGCAGAGCCUAUUGAAUUCAAAGAUGCUCAUACUUUCCCUAAGAAGUUACCCUAUUUUUGCACAAAUCUAAUUUCAAACGAAACUGGAUACCUAACCACUUAUUAUUUGGCAACAAUCUGCUUCUGAUCGAAUCUCUUAUUUAAACCUAGAAUGUCUGUCUGAGAGAUACCCCUAAAUCCUGACUUUUUCCAAAAAACCUGCAUACAUUUUUACAAACGUCUGAUCUAAGAUCAGCUAUCAUUCUCAUUUUCCUUACUGUUCUGGUGGUAAAUUUCUCUCAAAAUCAAAAUUGGCAUAGGUUCCUGUGAACUCUUCACAUCUCAGAUGCAGGGACUUUUGAAAUGCUACCACCCAACUGUUAACUCACUGCAAUAGUAUUAUUAUAAGAAUCAAAAUAUAGAAAGAAUAUUCAUUGAUAGUUUUUGUUAUUUAUAUUUACAUAUGGUUGAUUGUUUUAAGUACUUCAUCUCAAUCUUUUUUCAUACUUCUAAAAUUUUGUAUGUAUGUUAAUUCAAAUACAUGCACAUUAUUUAUUGAAA